CUCCAGUGUAGAGCACAAUUUUUCAGUUAUACAUGAACAUACAUAUAUUCAUUGUCACAUUUUUUUUCGCUGUGAGCUACCAUAAUAGAGUCUCUCAGCUUUCAAUAGCUUUCUUCUCAAAUGAAGAUAAAACUGAAAAAAACAGAACAUAUCAACCAUAUACUUCUUGAUAUUUCUUAAUUUUAGGUGAUUUUUCAUCUUAUGAAAAAUUUCAUUCCCUCAAGGUAUAGUGAUGCCUGCACGGUGUCACAUAAACACAGUUUGCUUUUGAGGAUUAUCAUGCCCAGCACAGGGUGAAUAUUUACAGCUAUGUCCCUUUCAAAGUCACCCAUUCGAAGCUGGUAGCUAAUUUUAGCCGUGAGUCUCCUAAGAGGUUUCUUUCGAAGCUGUCAGUUUACAGGUAUGGGACAUUAAAAUACUUUUGCAAAGAGAGGCAAAGUGGUUAUAGAGGCAUACUUCUGGAUUUUCUAUGUUCUUUCUUGGAUUUGGACAAAAUCCAAUUUAAAAAAAAAUGCCCACGUUACAAAGUGUGCUUUGCCAACAUGAAUGAUUCUUGACAAUCUGAAAAAACAGAGUUCAUGGUAUGUAUUUUUUCUGCGGAUUUUUAAUGGUCUUCCCCUAUUUUCUUUUUACUACCGCAGUCAAAAUACAAAGAGAGAAAAUUGUGUGUGUGUGUGAGAGAGAAAGAGAGAGAGAGAAAGGUGGGGUGACGAGGAGGGGAGGGCACCCCUGGGGGAAGAGGGUGGAUCCUGCCUUGCUGUGGCUUCUGCUUUUCUCAGAGAACUUCAGAGAACGACGACUAUAAUAUACCAGCUCUAAAUGAACAACAUAUGACUCUUAUUUUUGCCUCCCAUCCCCUCCCCCCUCCAACGGGUUUCCUAUGUGUAUUUCAAGUGUCUGAUAGACCCUUGCUAGGAGAACUGCCUUAAUCACUUUAACAAGCAGUGAGAUUUUGCUUUUCUAAGAGGCAAGCACCUGAACCUGAGGUCCUGCAUGGGCUCUGCCAAAUGCUGCUGUCUCCGAGCCAUCGUGACAGCUCGUCUGGGUUUCAUCAGCUCCCUGGGGCUGCAUUUCACCAGGCCCCUUUGCCAAGGCCUCCCCGGCAGCGUCAACAAGUGUUGUACCUCCUGCAGAAACAGCCCUCAAGUUUCAUCACGGUGAUGCUAAAAAAUAUUCUCCAGCUUCAGCAAUGACCUAGUUCAUUCAAGGGCAGGGGAAAAAAAAAUGCCCGUCUUCCAGAACUUCCCCAGGCACGGAAUUUUCCCUCUUAGGAAGAUAGGAACUUUGCUGGAAACAGACCCAGCUGUGCUUUGAAAAACUUUGGAAAAGACCCUGAACCCUGUAACUCCUCUGAAUCCCCAGUUCCGGGACCAGGGACGCCCCACCAAUGCCUCACACACUGCCUGGGGAGCCCACAGCCGAGCCAGCCCUCCUAUCACGUUCCUUGGACAAAAAGUAUUGAAAAGUUCCUGUGGCAUGAAAGGAUGACAGACUCAGGAGGGCCCCGGGGGCGCACACUUUGCUUUUUAUCUACGCUGCUUUCCCAGAAAGUUCCCGAGAAGUCAGAUGCCGUGCUUCGCUGCAUGAUAUCGGGUCAGCCCGAGCCAGAGGUAACUUGGUAUAAGAAUGGUCAAACCAUAGAUGAGUGUGGCAUUGCUUCCAGUCAUGAAUUCUCCAAGAAUCAAUACACUCAUGUAUUACAUCUCUCUCGCUGUACCCAGAAUGACGCUGCUGUUUAUCAAAUAUCUGCUAAAAACUGUUUUGGGAUGAUCUGCUGUUCUGCUUCCAUUGAAGUUGAGUGCUCGUCGGAGAAUCUGCAACUCCCUCCUAACCCGAAAGGUGAAGGAGACACAGGUUGGACACAUGAAACAGAGACAUAUGAGCAGGAGAGCACAAAUCAAACUGAUGAGAAAGAGCAUCCUUAUAAGGAAGAAGAAAGUAUUGCCUCGGGCACUCCCAUGCCCGCUGACUCCCCCUCCUCCACGUUCAAUGGUUUGUGCUCAUUGCAGUCAUUGGCCAAUGAUGACAUUGGUGCAUCCAGUUCUGAAAAUCCCUUGGAUGUUAAAGACGUGAGGCAAACUGAAGAGGCUUGUGAUCCAAAUAAAACAGAGGAAACUGCAGAUGGGUGGCUUUUUCCUAAGUCAAGUCAUAUUCCCGAUAAACAAGCUGUGUUUUGCCACGGGACAGUGCAUUCCAAAGUAUCAAGGUUAAUGGAUGGUGCCUUAGACAAUGAUGGCCCUAAGGAUGAAGCCUUAAACUCUAGUCACCAAAAUCCCAAAACCCAGAAGUACAUCAGCUUCAGUGUCCCACUGACGGAGGCCACGCCCUCCGCUUCCCCAGGUGACAGGGCCACCAUCCGCAAGCCAGUCAGCCCACCGGUUUCCAGCACCGACUCUGACAGUGAUUAUGAACUUUGCCCAGAGAUAACCCUAACCUACACCGAGGCAUUUUCAGAUGAUGACCUGGAGUAUCUGGAAUGUUCCGAUGUUAUGACAGAUUACUCUAAUGCCGUUUGGCAAAGGAACCUACAGGGGACUGGGCAUGUUUUUUUAUUAGAAAGCGAUGACGAAGAUGUGGAAUUCAGUGAGCGUGGCCUGGGUGGGUGUGAGCAUCUCCUCAGUGAAAUGGGUUGUGGGCCUCGGGUGUCGGGUAACACCCGGCCUAUGGAUGCCACUGCUGGCCUCUGCGGUUAUCACUCACCACCCCAAGAAGUGGGGGUGAGGAGCAGCCGAGCCUGCACACACAGUGCCUCACCCCUGCAAACAGGGAUGACUCUGACUCUGGGACCUCACCAGGAUGGAGUGGCGACGGUGACCGACCAGGGCAGAUAUAAACCUCCCUCUGCUCCGGAGGCUGCUGAAAAUGGUUAUCCAGGAAUUCAGGGAGAAUCCAGAGACAGCUGCCACGCAGGAGAGGAAUUCGCCGGUGACAAUCUGCUAAACGUGGACAAAGCAGUGACAGGGAGAGAGAGGAAGCGCUCAUCGGGUGAGUUAGGAAAAUCAGGGAUGAACCAGUGUUUGGAGACCGUGGCCGAGAGAAGAGCAGAGGGGAAAGACUUACUGAGCAGGAGGGGCUCAGAGAAACCUGCCAGGGUGAGGCGACCAGGGAUCAAGGGGAAACCCAGGAAGCUGAGCCCCAGCCUGGGAGAGAGUUCAACAGAAGCCCCUCCUCAUUGCCUCUAUCCCAAAGGACUUGUUAAGCACUCACUAACCCCGAGUGAUAAAAGAGAGAGCUCCUGUGCCAGAGCAGAGGGUGCUGCCUUGAAUCCCCAGAUCCAUGCAGAAGGAUGUGUUCUUCCAACCCAAGCAGAGCAAGAAGCAAAACCCCUGCAGACUCCACCAGGCUCACUCUCCAAACGAGGGAAGCUGGACUUCCAGGCAGAAGGGGUGUGGGUUAAAAAUGUGUUUGAAACAAGCCAGGUUCCAGACUGCAGUGAUCAUCCUCAGGAGAGCCAGCUUCGUCCUAUUUGGUUGCUUCACACACCAGUGAGUGACCACAGAUUCAUGCCCAGGGUGCGAGGUCAGGAAACGGUCAGGGAGCAAGUCUUCCUCAGCCGGAUGCCAGCUUUCUCAGAGUCUGCACUUACUGGGACCACAACAGACUCCUCCUGCAUCUUAGGAAUCAAUAAGGAAAACGCAUCACUGGCCCAAUGCCUGGCGGUAGAAAGAGUUGCCCAAGGCCCACAGCACAGAGAAAGUCAACAUAGAGAAGACAAGACACCUAGACGUUCCUGGGGAGACCGAGGACGUGAGCUGAGCAUCCCAGAAGCCAGGACCGAAAACACGCCCCUCUGUGCGCUGUCAAAGCACCUCCCCCCAGAGAACAGGGCUGACCCCGGGGAGCCCCAGGCUUUCUCAGUUGCCACCCCUGAGCUCGCACAUACCGUCCCUACGCUGGAAACUGUGUCUGAUGGGCCAAGGGACAGAGCAACAACGUGUGUGCUAGAGCGUCUUGAAGCAGGUGACCAUGAAACAUGUGAUACCUUGGGUUCUCCUGUUGGAGCCCCAGUUGGUAAAUAUUUGCCUCAAGAAAUUUGCUCCAUGGACUUAGAGCUGGCAGGUCAAAGCCAAGGAUCUGAUUUAUGUUCUCCUGACGACAAGACACUGGAUGUUCUUUUUCAAACACGAGGUUCUGAGCCGCCGCUGUCCACAUGUGAAGGCAGCGACGACAGACACUCGGCCCCAUCCCCUCUUUUUAUCAGUACUUUCACCUGGGACAUUUCACAAAAAGCCAGUAAACGUGCCACCGGGGAAAAUCUAGUCAAGGGGGAGAAUUCCACCUCCACAUUGACCUCCACAGUAGGGGCUGGCCAGGGGAGGCUGAGCCCCAGGAACUCAGAGGGGCUUGAGGAAAGACAGACUCGAUCUUCUGAGAAUGACUCUCACGUAUGGUUUAAAGAAGGCAGUGACGAGAGCUCCAGUACCAGUGCCCCAGACACCGCAGACGCACCUGCCAGUCAUAACUCAAUAGCGAAGCUUCCGCAGGAGAAGCCAACAACACUAACUGCUAAUCUUGACCAUUUGGAGGUGACCAGGGAGAGAGGGGACACCUCAGCUGUUCCCACUGCCACUAGAGUCCACUGCACCAAACACAUCCCUGUUUCAAUUGCCGGGAACAGCCAUGCAGAUGGCUCUGAGGAGAGUUCACCUUGGGCACCGGUUGAAAGUAUUUCCCAGCUUCCCUCCAGUGUACAAUUGGGUCAUGUUUUAAACAGUUCCACACUCGAAUCGUCAAAAGAGCUGCCUUGUGUGGCUCCCAGUGGGCCAGGGGUCCGUGUCCACGUCCCUCAGCUCCCAGAGGGAGAGAGUUUCUGUAGUUCCCUGCUGCAGGUGGAUAACCAGUCUGGAAGGAGGAGCCAGACCUUGGACAGAGCAGACCCUAGGAGUCUUGGGGAGAAUUUACAAGAAAAAGGAAGUGAAACAACACAGAGGCUCCAGCAGGAGAGCCAGCCCCACCAGGGUUCUGCUAAAGAUAGUUUCCAAGAAAGCUUGCCCGUGACAUCUGUGCAAGGGGAAAUAAACCUGGUCCCCUUGCACCACUCAUCAGCCAAUUCCAGGGAGGAAAGAGGGCAGAGCUUGGGUUUGGAGACCAGUGUGUCUGUGGUGGCUGAAUCCACCGUGAAAGAUGACAGCCUGGCUCUGAGCAGUGUUCCACCUCUCUCUGAUAGCCUUCUGGAGGCAUCUGAAAAGAGUGUCCCAGGAUACUGGGAAGCAGGUAAAAAGCUGAAGAUUAUAACUCUGGAGGCAUCGAUUUCAGAGACGUGGCCACCAAGACAACUGACAGAUGCUAAGUGCAAGGAAUCGGAAGGUGGUCUCAUGAUUUCUGACGGGGCCUGGGCUGUAUCUGACGUUGUGAAGGCAGAUGCUGCUGUGCCGAAACUGGAUUCCUCUGAAACAGCAUCGGCCUGCAGUCCCCGGGCUGAGUCUGUCCCGGCCCUUGCUAAUAACAGAGGAAUCCAUGAAAGCAGAGACCGAACAAGCAGUGCAUGGUGGAGUAGUCUGUCUUCCCAGUAUCUGAGCCAACCCAGACUUCUGGAGUCGUCUGUGGAUCCGGUAGAUGAAAAGGAAUUAUGUGUCACAGACUUGUUCUCAGGGACUUCUAAAACUGGAAGGAAGGAAAGUGUUAAUAUGAGUCAAAACCAACACAAGAUGGAUGGCGCUGCCUUCCUUAAACAGUCCCUGACUUGCCCUAAAAUCUUAGAGUCAUCUGUAGAUCCCAUCAAUGAAACAGGGAUGAUGGAGUGGACGAGGGCAGAAACACCAGGGCCUUCCAAAUCCACACUGAGGGUCAUGAGAGUGGAGAGUCAACUGAAUGAUGGAAACUUGGGCCAGAGGGUGGAAGUCCAACCUGCCACCUUGCAAGUUCUGUGCCCCCAGCAAGGUGGGGAAACCAUUCCAAGUGAAAACAGCGUCAACCAAAGCCCAGAGGACUGUGGAAGAGGGGAGGCAGACCAAAGUCGACAUGACAAAGCACGGGUGGGCAUGCAGUCUGCCAUCUUGCAAGUCCCGGGUCCUGGCAAAGGUCGGGCAACAAUUCCAAGUGGAUGCGGCAGGAGCCAAAAACAAGUCAGUGAGGAGCACUUAGGGGAGGCUGAACAAAAUGCAAACAACAAAGCAGAGUUCCUUUCCCCCACAUUACCUCUUUCUAGCCAUCUUGCAGUAAUGACUCCCGCAUCCGUUGGAGUUGCUACUCACAGCUCCACAGGUCAAAGUCAUGACACCCCUGAGAAUGAUGUAGUGGAGCCCAGAAACCAUCAACACACAUUUUCUGGCUCGAAGGAAAGGGGAGCUAUUGAGACUGAGCGUGGGAAAUAUUUGCCCCCUGUUGGCGGUCUUCCUCAGGGAUCUUUUACUCCAUCCCCUGAAGGAAGCAUCACAGACUCUUCCAGAAGCCACAAAACUGAGAGACAAAAAGUAGAGGCGCCCCCAGCUGGGGAAACCAAGCCCACAAGCACACCUGGCUCCCCGGCAGUGAUGUUGGCGUUCACUUCUGGAGAAUGUGUAUCAGAGAAGGUUCCUGAGAUGCUGCAGGACCCCAGUCAACAGGGCUCCACCCUGGGCCGCGGGAAGAAGUCGAGGGAGGAGACUGGCCACAGGGCGUCCCAGACUGGCAGCUUCCCCAGGGCAACCCCAGCAGUGACCAGGUCAGAGGAGGCGGAGAAGAAGUGGGAAACCCCAGGAAGUGGACAUCUGGCUGAGGGAGUGAGGAAGAAAAUUCUCUCCAGGGUUGCCGCCCUGAGGCUGAGGUUGGAAGAGAAGGAAAACAUCAGAAAGAACUCUGUCCUUAAAGGGAGUCCUAAACCUGAGACAUCAGUAUCUCACACCAGUGAGCAAAAGGACCCCCAAAGGCCACCUUGCAAAAGUGAAGGAAGAGCUCCAGUAUUACUGAGAAAGAUCCAAGCCGAGAUGUUCCCUGACCACUCUGGAAAUGUAAAAUUAAGCUGCCAAUUUGCAGAGAUUCAUGAAGAUUCUACUAUCUGGUGGACAAAAGAUUCAAAGUCGAUAGCCCAAGUACAGAGAAGCGCGGGAGACAACUCCGCUGUGUCCUUGGCCAUCCUUCAAGCGGGUCAGAAGGACCAGGGCCUCUAUUAUUGCUGCAUUAAGAACAGUUACGGGAAAGUGACUGCUGAAUUUAACCUCACCGCGGAAGUUCUCCAACAACUUUCAAGUCACUCGGAUAUUGAAGGCUAUGAAGAGAUUGAAUUCAGCCAGCUCAUCUUCAGAGAAGACUUCCUCAAUGACAGCUACUUUGGGGGUCGCCUGCAUGGUCAGAUCGCCACAGAGGAGCUGCACUUUGGAGAAGGGGUCCACCGAAAAGCCUUCCGCAGCAAAGUGAUGCAGGGCCUCAUGCCGGUCUUCCAGCCCGGCCACGCCUGUGUGCUCAAGGUGCACAAUGCUGUCGCCUACGGGACCAGAAACAACGAUGAGCUCAUCCAGAGGAACUACAAGCUCGCCGCCCAGGAAUGCUAUGUGCAGAACACCGCCAGACACUAUGCUGAGAUCUAUGCUGCUGAAGCACGGCCUCUGGAGGGCUUUGGAGAAGUGCCAGAGAUCAUUCCCAUUUUUCUUAUCCAUCGACCUAAGAACAAUAUCCCAUACGCAACAGUGGAGGAAGAGCUGAUUGGAGAGUUUGUGAAGUAUUCCAUCAGGGAUGGGAAGGAAAUAAACUUCUUGAGAAGGGAAUCAGAGGCUGGUCAGAAAUGCUGCACCUUCCAGCACUGGGUCUACCAGAAAACAAGCGGGUGUCUCCUGGUCACAGACAUGCAGGGUGUAGGAAUGAAGUUAACUGACGUUGGCAUAGCAACACUGGCUAAAGGGUACAGAGGAUUUAAAGGCAACUGUUCCAUGACCUUCAUUGAUCAGUUUAAAGCACUACACCAGUGUAACAAGUAUUGUAAAAUGCUGGGGCUGAAGUCGCUUCAAAACAACCAGAAACAAAAGAAGCCGAGCAUCGGGAAGAGCAAAAUUCAGUCCAGCUCCACAACCGUGAAGAAGACGGCACCCGGGACCCCAGCCGACAAGAAAACCUAACGACUCCUAUUAACUAACAGUCAGCGGCUGGCGGCAUGUGGUCUUGUGGGUAGAAAUCUGGGAACACCCCAGAGGGAACACAGCCUGCAGAGCGACCCAGAGCUGCCUCCCAGCUGCCUCCCAAGCUGCCACCUGCUGGCUUCCCGGAGAUGAUUUUAGAGCAGGAUUUGCAACCCGACCCACGGAGAGACUGAAUCAAUUGUCCAUCUCAAGGAUGUCUUUGUACCGUUAGCAUUUGUACCGACCUCAGAUUAGGUGUCUGUAUUUGCACAUGGCUGUCUUGUCAAGGACCGCGGGCUAAGCAGGGUCUGUCCACAGCCCACGUCCUCCCCGCCCCCAUUCCUGACCUCGGGAUUUCUAGGCACAUCCGGCUGCUCUACCAACAGAAGGGGUGAAUUCCUUUCCUGGGUCAGGCGUGCUCGAGUGGAUUAUGCUGUUGUGGCUGGAGGGGGCUCCCAAAACGUCAGGCAGUUUCCCAUCACUCUUCACACAUCCCGCUGUAACGUUCUGUUUAAUUAAAUUCAUGUUUAGACAGAAGCUGUAAGAUGCACAUACUAGUGCAGACAUUUGGACUUUGCCGUAUUUCACAUUCCCCCAGGAGGGAUAAUAGUUCCUGAUACAUUUACCAGAGCACAAAAUAGUUGCUUCUGUGUUUUCCGCCCAUUCUUACAGCACAGCUUGGGUUUGGUCCACUUCUCUUUCUAAAUCCGAGCUCCCUAAACCCAGGGCUGCCCCCUCGAGGGAUCGCUCUGGAAGGUGCGUGCAAAUCCUGGCGGGAGCACCGGCGCUCACAGCGUCCCGGCCCCUCCCUCUCAUUCACGGGGGUCUCCUCCCCACCAGUCUGGGUCCUGCCCAGCUGUGCAGCAGAGUGGCCACAGCAGUUUGCACUGGGCAAGAGGAAGCGGUGCAAAGACAGUUCAGGGACCGUCUCCCUCACCCCAAACUGAGAAUGUCUCAAGCCCCACCAGUGUUGUUAUUGUCUAAUUAAGACUCUUUAGAGCAGUUUUAGGGGUACAGAAAAACGAGUGGAAAGUACAGAGGUCCCAUAUGGCCCCUCACCCCGACUCUGUUAUUUCCCCCUCGUCAUUAGCAUCUUACCCAUGUGAUGCCUUUGUUACAGCUGAGGAGCACCCCAGGACAUCGGGAUUCACGGACGUCCACAGCUUGCACCAGGGCUCAUUCUGUGCUACUCUACAAGGACAUGUAUCCACCACGACAGUAUCUCACAGAGUCGUUUCACUGCCCCCGAGAAAUCCCCUGUGCUCCACCGAUUCCUCCGUCCUUCCCCUGAGAUCCAACUCUUAGUAGCCACUGGCUGUCUCCCUAGUUUUGCUUUUUCCAGAAUGUCACAGAGUAGGAGCCCUAUUGGAGGUAGCCUUCUCAGAGAGCUGGUGGUUUCAGAUGAUGCAGGUGCACUCCCUGACCGCAGCUGGGAGGAGGCGUCUCACUGGAAGUGCGCACAACCCCCCUGGGAUCUUGUUAAAAAGAAAACAAAACGCAGGCUCCAAUUCGGUCGGUGUGGGGUGGGGCCUGAGACUCUGCAUUUCCAACAUGCUCCCAGGGGAUCUGCGUGGUGGCCCGGGGACCACACUUAGGAGGGGCAUGUAGACCACAGGCAGGAGGGUCCUGAAGUGUUGAGGAAGUGAGGAGGACUAGAGUUCAAGCAGCGGUCGGCCGGGGAAGCACCCAGCUCCUUGGAUCCUGACCUGGGAGGCGGGAGGGGGACACGCCGUAGUGCCGGCGGUGCCAGGUGAUGGCUGUGCCCAGCUCUGCAGGGCAGCAGGCUUCCACGGGAGAUCCCGGCUGCUUCUCCUUCAAAAUACACCCUCCUCAGGCACGAGGUUUAGACAGAAAGGAGAGCAUAGAUGGGAUUUUUGUUUUAAAAAGGGAUUUGAAAGAGAAACCUUCAGCUAGUCACAGAGCAUCUUUUCGGAAGAUCUACCAUCUCCAUUUUUCUUCUAAAGGGAUCCCUCCGGCUGCAGCUUACAAAAUGCUCAGUUUCCGGCGAGGCAGCCUGUAGCCUGCUUCCCCGGCACAGGCCCUGCAGCUGCAUUUGGCAGUGGCGCUCUCUGAAGUUCCAUGAUAACAAAAACGCACAGGCACACUUUGAUUGAAAUCAGUGUACAUCCAUCAGCGUGGGUGUGACCAAAGCCCCUUUCAACAGAUCAGGGAACGUUCUCUGGUAAUUGUUUGUAAUUAUAAAAACAAUAUCAACACAGGUGUUCAAAAAUUUUAAAAAUUACAGAAAAGUGCAAAAUGAAAAGUCAAAGUCACCCUGUAACCCUAGCUCUAGCUGGCUUUGAAUUUGGGCUUGGAGAGACAGUGGAAGGGAAAGGAGUUUCUCCCAGAUUUGGCAUUUUGCAGUCAGCCCGGGGGUGGCGUGGCUGGAGCUCUCCCCUCCUCCUUUCAAGGCUGUUUAGAUGUCUCUUCAAGGGGCCCUUACUGUUUCCCAUAAUCUGAUUUCAUCUGUUUAGAAAUACUUGGAGGACCGGAGACUGCAGGUGUGCCCACGGGGGACUUGCCUCCACCAAUGCAGCCAGGGAUGGCCUUGGUGGGGCUGAGUGGCCAUCUAUCUGGCCACCCACACCCUGACCGUCUGUUCUGAGAUGAAUUGCAGGCUUCCUCGCAUCGUCAAAUACCUGGGUGGGUGUGCUGUGAGCUCUUAUACUGAGGAGUUGUUCUCAAAAAUGCCCACACCCAUUGCCACUGUUUUCUUUCUUUCUCUUUUUUAAGUGGAGGUACUGGGGACUGGACCCAGGACCUCGUUCUUGCUAAGCACGUGCUCUACUGCUGAGCUGCACCCUCCUCCUCUUCCGGCCCCCCUUGCCAUUGUUUUUGCUUAGUUUCCACCACGUCCAGUUUCUUUGGUUUUUCCCAUUUGUCUACGUGAGGUGUUAGGUCUAUAAACACAACAAACGCUCAACCCAGGGCUGAGCUGGGAUGGCCUGGUGGGUCCAGCUGGGGACUUUGUGCCCGGUGCCUACAGGAUGGUCAUCUGUGUGUGAGCAUCUGUUUCUUAAAGGGCUCGGCAGUGGGGCUCUGUGACAGGCAGCUGACAAAAAUAAAUGAACACCUCAUUAAAAUGGGCUUGUUUUCAACAGCAGGUUCAUCGCUAAUGAGGUUGGCAAAGAGAUGAUGCCUUCCUGCCAGGGGCAUCGUGUUCUGGAGAGGUCUGGACUUGGAUGCGUGGCUGGCUGGCCUGUGUGAAUAUUUCAUGUUCUCUUUUGUACCAGCGCCUCCCCAACCAUGCUUCGGAUAAGCCCCAUAGUAGCAAAGGGUUUCAAAAGAUUCUUAUUAAAAAGGACACCAAAAGGAGUAGCAAUUACUUUCUAAUCAUAAAGUGCUCUCUUUUCUAAAUAUACACCAUUCUGUGUGUGUGUUAGGCAUGUUUUCAACGGCACGCAGAUAGGAGGAGCCGGCUCAGCCUGGGCCUGGCUCGCUUCCUUCGUACACGCUUUGCUCCGCUGGCCCAUGUGUGCAAAAGUGAACAGACUGGCGUUUCUCCCCCAUUUAGAUCUGCAGAUGCCACUUGCGCUUAAGUAGCUCUAAAAAAUCAAAGAGACACACAAACCUCUUCUGCCUUCCAGCAAAGGGUAUGUUUUCCAGAUCUUUGCUGUAGCAGCUCUGAAGUCCUCGAGAGCCGGCUCGUUCUGAAGCUUGUUCUGUAAAAGCCGAAAGGCAAGUUGGGCACCAGGUUCCUCUGUGUGGUCAUGUGAGCACAGACGUCAACUUCAUGAUGCAAUGAACAAAUAUUUAAAGUACUAAUUGUACCACUAGACCAAGAAUGUUUUAAAUUCUAAUUUUCAUGAGGCCCAUGUGGACCCAGGUAGAAAUCAUCUCAGAGGCUUUUUUCAAGUCACAUGUUCUUGAUCGGAUAUGGCAGUCAGUACCGGAAGCAGUUCUGAUGGAAAUCUCACCUCCAGCUCAUGGUUUCCUCUUUCUCCAUCUACCUCUACAGCGAUACAUUGCCCACGGUGCUUUCCUUGGUGCCCGUGCUCGUUUCCUGGGGCGCCAGAACAAAGAACCACAAGCCAUGGGGCUUAAACAACAGAAAUCGUCUUGCAGUCCUGGAGGCUGGAAAUCCUAGAUCGAGGGGUUGGCAGCUCCCUCUGGGCUCUGGGGAAGUCUCUGUGCUGCCUGCUCCCUGCCUCUGCCCUACCGCGGCAUGACCCCACGUCCUAAAUGAGCAAAUGGUCCCCAGUGCUCUCUGACCACAGAUUUAAAAUCCCGCCACCACCCUGUGGGCCUCGUCACUGUCCCUCCUGGAUCCCCUGCUGCUUGCUUACUGGCUUCUAAUACGCUACGUGGUGGACUGACUGAUUCUGUUAAGUGUUUCUCUCCCCAAUUAGAGUGUAAGCUCGUGACAGAGCUUUAUCUCUGUCAGAGAUAAAGACAGAGAUCUUUUGUUUACUGAUGUAUGCCUAACACCUAGAAGUGCCUGGAACCUGGCAGAUACUAAAAAUAAUCUACAACUGUAAAUUUUAUCAAUGGCAAUGAAAAAUACAGUUUAAGAGGAAAAUGAGAAA